CUAACUUCUUUGACAGAAUCAACGUAAGAAAGAUUUACUUGUUUUCGGAUUCAAUGACAGUGUUAUCGUGGAUCCGUCUACCGCUCCAUCGCUUGAAGACCUUCGUAGCAAACCGCAUCAGUAUUAUUCAAGAACCAUCUAAUGAUUAUUCAUGGUUUCACGUGGCAUCUGCAAACAACGCCGCAGAUGUUGCCUCACGGGGUGAAUCGCCAUCCAACCUCGUACACCUCGAUUCAUGGUGGCUCGGACCCAGUUGGAUUAGGCUUCCUAUUAACGACUGGCCAAUCAAAUCGUUGGACGUUGUGGUUGGAGAGGAUUUACCUGAGAUAAAAUCAGAAACUGUUUUACUUAGUUUAGAUAAGUACCCUUCACCAUUCAUUGAAUUGAUAGAUAGAUCAUCCUCAUACAGUAAAUUGAUCAGAAUCAUGGCAUAUGUCAUACGUUUCACACAUAACUGCAGAGUCCCUGCUGAUGAAAGAGAAUACAGUUUUCUUGAACUGUCAGAACUACGUAACGCCUCCACCUGUCUUUACGUCGCGGUACAGAAAGAACUAACAACAAAAAUUCACUCCGAUUUGAAAUCACUCGCUCCAUUUAUAGAUUCAAAGGGAGUUCUUAGGGUGGGCGGUCGUCUAACUAACGCACCGCUGUCCGACGAGACUAAGCGCCCUAUUCUCCUCCCAAGCAAAAGUCAUUUCGUAGAACUAUUAAUUGACCACGUACAUGUAACAAAUUUACACGCUGGUCCACAACUAUUACAUGCCAUACUUCGACAAAACUACUGGAUUAUUUCGGCUAGACGAGUAGUUAAAACGAGAGUGCAUCAAUGCUUACGAUGUCAUCGCCUUCGCACACAGGGUUUUACACCAUAUAUGGGCGAUCUCCCUCUAACCCGUUUCGAACAAGGCCGUGCAUUUAUCAAUGUCGGUACAGACUUUGCUGGACCUUUCUUUAUCCGCGAGUCGUUACGUAGAAAAGCGGCAGUAGGAAAAGCAUAUGUUUGUCUUUUUGUAUGUUUUAGUACCAAAGCUAUGCACAUAGAAAUCGUAUCACAACUGACCACAGAUGCUUUCUUGGCCACAUUAGAUCGGUUUAUUUCCAGACGAGGGUUACCAAGCCAAAUAUUUUCCGAUCAUGGUAGGAAUUUUUUGGGCGCACAACGCAAAUUACAAGAAUUACAGAGAUGGUGGAAAAAAGAAGAGACCAAAGAAAAAAUUUGUCACCACUUACACACAAAGGGUAUAAAGUGGACCUUUAUACCCCCGCAUGCACCAAAUUUCGGUGGUCUCUGGGAGGCUGGCGUAAAGUCUAUUAAAACCCACCUCUCCCGCGUUGUGGGGCAACAACAUUUGACAUUCGAGGAACUGACUACUCUUGCCUGUCGGGUAGAGGCGAUAUUAAAUUCGCGCCCCUUGUAUCCGCUUUCGACAGAUCCCGAGGAUUAUGAUGUGUUGACCCCUGGUCACUUUCUAAUCGGCGCUCCUUUAGUAGCAAGGAUUGAAAGAGAUGUCACCCAGACCCCUUCAAAUCGUCUAUUGAGAUGGCAGCUGCUUAAUCAGCACAUCCAAAGCAUAUGGAAAAAAUGGCGAUUUGAUUACAUUCAUAAUCUUCAACAAAGAACUAAGUGGACAAAAACAGAAAAUGUUGAAGAAGGGACUCUCAUUUUACUGAAGGAAGACAACACCCCCCCUCUACUAUGGCCGAUCGGACGAAUCACAGCGUGUUAUCCAGGGAAAGAUGGAGUGAUCAGAGUGGCCAAAAUCAAGACUCCUCAUACUUCCUUAAUACGCCCUUUGUCAAAACUCGCACCUUUACUCCCGCCAAACCCCAUUGAUAAGCAAUACUUACCAGCCUAGAAUUUUUGUGGGUCAAAAAUUGGUGGGCGGUAUGUUAACGCAUACUA